AGGCGUGAAGCGCUUGUAAACAACAAAAUCUCGCUAGGGACAUCUUGCAUUUUUUCCCAUUUACUGAAGAUUCCGUCACGUUUACGUCGAUUAAUACGAACUCGCUCUUACGAUAGUCGCAUCUAAUAUCGAUCUCAAUUCAUAGGACUUUGUUCACGACCGAUCCCCUGUCCAUCAUCCACAUUAAUCCCGCAGUUGCUGACAUGUGACGAGGAAAAAGUUUGUACAGCAUAGUUUUGCUUCGUAGACCAUUAUCGGUCUGUUCAAAAUAGUCAAUAUAAAAGUGCUAUUAAUUUGCAUACACACAUUUCCAACAUUAAUUUACAACAAUGAUGAAUAAAAACAACAGCGGAUUUUCACUCCAAUCGAUGGGAACUAAAUCAUGGUUUUCACAUGAAGAUUCUACUGAAGGUAUCAUAAGUUCCGGAGAUAAGAAGCCGAAUUGGAGUGCUCAACGUAUAGUUUUUUCUACAAUGGACACGAUUAACCAUGUAUUGAUUGUAUUGGUGACAUUAUAUAUUGUAUAUCACGCAGCGAAGGAAUAUUCCGUAACAAAUGUACAUGUAAUCCUCUGCACUAUCGGUUACGUUCUGUUGAUGUCAGAGGCAACUCUUGUCCUCGCCAGUGACAACAUGCUGACCGCUUCUUUAUCACGUCAUGUCAACAAACACCUUCAUUGGAUUUUUCAAACUAUUGGACUAAUUCUGAUUUUGGUCGGCGUAAGCGUGAUGUAUAACGCCAAAUCAGUACACUUCCUUUCAAUCCAUAGUAUUACAGGCAUCUCUUCAUUGGUUAUCAUCUGCAUAGUGACUCUCUUCGGAUAUCCGGUAUGGAUCGCAUGGAAACUUCGCAAGUUCGUACGACCAAUGAUUAUCAAAUUCCUUCAUAAUUUUCUGGCCACCUUCGGCUUUAUUAUAGGUAUGGUCUCGCAAUGUUACGGUUACAAAAAAACUUGGGUAUAUCAUGAAAUGGAAAUGAAGCACGCCGACAAUAUGCUACUUGUUCUCACAAUAUUGAUCACAAUAUUAUCAUUAAGGGGCGCGCUCAACUCUCUUUAUAAACAAGCUAUCAAUUAUCUAAAAUUAAUUUGCUCUUUCACUUAAUAUAUGAGAAUGUUGGCAUGCAAAA